CCUGAGAAGUUGACGGGCCUGCUGGCAAGGCGAUUCCAAUCAGCAUAACGUGACGCCUCCACGCCAUAUACUAUUCGAAUGCUUGGUUCUAGCUAAAAUGGCUCCACUGUCGAAGGCACACUCGUCUCGGCGGUUGCCCGCAGGCCAAAAAAGUUUGGGCCCCCGCGGAACCUAUAAAGAUGAAGCUGUGCUGAUAUAACAAAUUCAUCUUUUUCCUGUCAAUAGCUUUUAGCAGUUAUCAGAAGUGCACAUGGCGAAACAAGUUCUCGUGCAGUGAACCUUCUUUCAGCGGCAAUGCCCGCUCUGCAGCCCUGCCCUGGCUGUGGUUGUGAGAUUGACAGCGGCCUGCUGUGGUUCGCGGGUCCGGGUCUAGCACGCAUCUGCUGCAACAAGCGAUGUGCCUCCCGGGCUCAGAAGCGGCACGAGGCGCUGGCCACCGGCAAGGCCCGGGGGCGCAAGAGCAUGCCCCUGCUCCCAAUCGCGGAUGACCCCGUGGAGGCUGAGCGCGGCUGGUCGUCCCUGAACCAGGACGUGAUGGCGCAGGUGGCGGCGCGGCUGGGCCUCCGGGACUGCCUGGCCGCCGCGCUUACCUGCAAGCACUGGCGCACGCACAUCACCAGGGGUCCCAGCAACCACGUGGCGCUGCGCAUUGACGACAUGACGCCAGAAGGCAGCCGCCGCGUCCCUGACGGCCGCUGUGCUUGCUGCGGCGGCGCCCAUGACGUUAUCAAAUGCAAAUGCAAGCGCGUAGCAGUAGGCACUGGGGAUACAGCCUCGCCCGCCAAGGCUGCCGACAAGCCCGCCGCUGCCGGCGGCGCUGACGCCGCCGCCCAGCUUCUGGACAGCGCCCGGCGUCUGCUGCCCCACGUGGAUCACCUGAGCGUGUCCGUGUACAGCCGCUGCCGGCAGCGCGACUACCUGCUGAAGCACAUGCGCGCGCUGAGCAGGUGGAGCGGCCUCACAAGCCUUGACAUCAGCUGGGUCCUCGCACCAGACCCCACCUCCCUGCUGAGAGCCGUGCAAGCCGGCAGCGGCAGCGACAGCGGCAGCGACGCGGGCUGCUCGGACCCGGAGACCGAUGGCGGCGGCGCGCGCCGGCGCUCCGCCGUCCGCCGCGCACGGCACGCGCCCAAGCCCCCGCCGCCGCCAGGCCCGCUCCCGCGCUGUCUGGUAGGAGACACGCAGCGGCUGUGCGCCGCCUCCCUUGCCUCGCUAGGCCUGCUGCCCAACCUCACGCGGCUCUCCAUAACCGCAAAAUACAGUCAUCGGCACAUGGGCCUGGCCGGCUUGGCCGGCCUCAGCCGCCUCACGGAGCUGGAGCUGCGGCAGGCGCCGCCUGACGGCGUUGAGGUCGCGGACUGGGCGGUGCUGUCUGAACAGGAGCGGCUCCACCAACGCAGGUUUGGGAGCCAUAGCAGCUUCUACAGGGAGCCGUGGAGCGCCAAUGAGGCUGACAUGGGCGCGCUCAGCGCGCUGCGCGUGCUGCGUGUCCAUGGGGAUUUGCUGUCGCCGCCGGCGCUGGGGGCGGUGGGGCCACACCUCACGCGGCUGGAGCUGCAUCGGCUGAGCCUGGCCCGCUACACUGGACUGGGGCAGGGCGAGACGAUGACGUGGACCAUUGAAGACAUGGCGCCGCAGCUGCUGAAGUGCAAGCGGCUACGCUACUUCAGCCUCUCCCUCGCCUGGGACCCCCUGGACAUGGAGCCCUACUACGCACUCAACACCAGCGGCUGGCUUGAAAUGAUCGUCCGGGAGCUGCGGCAUCUGAGCCGUGAUCAGGUCCUGGCCAGGGCUAACCAUGAAAGCCGCAUGCUAGAGCUCCAGCAGCAGCACGGCGGUAGUGGCCAGCCGUCGCAGGCAGCCGGCGGUGCGGGCGGGGGCCGGCGCCGCGGGCGCGGGCGCCGGCUUCCAGGGCAGCAGCAGGCGGCGGGAGUGGGCGAGGAGCGGGAGGAGGACGUGCCGCCCGUAGAGCCUCUGGAGGUCGUGUUGGACCUGGCGACGCACUUCCGGCCGCUGUGUGUUGCAAACAUGAGCGUAAGUGUGCUGGCGGCCGUGCAGCGACACCACCAGCGCCAGGCACAGCUGCUGCAGGCGCAGCAGCAGUGGCAGCAGCACCAGCAGCACCAGCCGCCGGAGCGGCAGCAAAGGCAGGAGGAGCAGGAGGAAGGGGAGGAACGGGCACAAGGGCGGCAGGAGGUGCAGCAGCCAGACGGCGGCCAGCUGCUGGCUGCUACUGACAGCGCAAGCAGCGACAUCACCAACACCAGCAGCGAAGACGCGGCCCUCGCUGCUGGUGCGCCAGCUGCUACUGCCGUCCCCGCUGGUGCUGCUGCUACUGCCCACCAGCCUGCUACUGCCGGGCAGGGCGCCAGCUGCGACCCCGACCUGCCUCCCAGCUACAUCCUGUCAUCCAUGCUGCUGGAAGACCUAGUCGGCCUGGCCGGCCUCUCCCACCUCAGCAUCAACUUCCAUGCGGGCGGCUCGCAACAGCUGCACACACUCAGUCAGCUGACGCGCCUCAGCCAUCUGGCGCUGCGCUGCGGUCCCGCCGUGCGCAUCGAACUCGACUCCUGGGACGCGCACCGCCUGUGCACGUCGCUGGGCCCUCGGCUGACACACCUGGAUCUGGAGCUGCCUGCGUCAUGCCUGGGGGCGGAUGUGUUGGAAAGCGUUCGCCUGCUGAGGGCGCUGCGCUGCCUCAGGUUGAGCGCGGGGUCGCAGGUGCGGCAGGUGCCGUUGACUCGCCGCGAGCUGCGGAGGGCGCUGGCGAGGGCUGCGCCGUCCUGGCAUGGCGAGGCUGCGCCUGCGGCUGGCGGUGGAGGUGGCGACAGUGGCGGGGUGGAGGGUGGCGCGGUGGUGGCGGGCGCAGCGGUGGAGGUAGCGAAGGGCACGGCUGCUGCUGCUGCUGCUGCUUCCGUCGCUGCUGCUGCUGCUGGCGUGAAGCGCCCGUCUCCGGAGCUGGUCGCUGAGGUGAAGGGCGCCCAGACGCCGCUGCUGUUCCUGCAGCAGCUCUUCAGCGCCAUGGACGGCAGUGAGGCUGUGCGGGAGGUGCUGCUGGCGGAGGCGGAGUGGCGGGCGCAGCAGGCGGCAGCGGCUGUGGAGGCGGCGGCUGUGGAGGCGGCUGCGGAGCUUGAGGCCGCGGUGGCGAAUGCAGUUGCAGAGGUUGCGCCCGCAGCCACUGGCGACGGGGUUGAUGGGGCAGCUGCUCAAGAGGCACCGGCGCAACCUGCAGCAGUAGCAGCAGCAGCAGGAGCAGCACCUGAUGCCGACCCGCCACAGCAGCAGGAUCAGCACCCGGUAGUGGAGCUGGCGGCAGCAAUGCAACAGCAGCAAGCCGACGAGGGGGUGCCGGCAGGAGCGGUCGCAGCUCCUCCUGGCCAGGCGGCAGCUGCUGGCGAGGCUGGGGCAGACGGCGGCGGCGGCGGCGGCCCUGCAGCAGCAGCGGGCGGCGGCGGGCUGCAUGGAGCUGCAGCCGGUGGGGCGGCAUUGGAGAUGCCAACCUUGCCCGAAUGGGUGAUGCGCUGGUCACGUGGGGAGCCGCGGAUUCCGCCGGCCGAGCAGGGCGCAGCUGGCCGUGGCGCCGACGGCGGUGCUGCUGCGCAGCCGCCCACGCCUCUGCACUGCCUGACAUCGCAGGACCUCGACCGGCUGCGGAAGGCGAUGACGCGUGAGGAGCUGGUCCCUGCGCCGGCCUUUCGACUGGGCGACUGGGCGCCCAAAGGGCUGCAGCGCCUGUGGCUGAGGGGCUUCAGCGGCCUGCAGGCGCCCUCGGUCCUGCCGGGUGGGGGUGGGGGUGGCAGAGCUGCUGUGGGUGGCGGGAGCGAAGGUCGCGUGGCGAAGGCGUGUGUCGUGCUUCCGGCGCUGGAGGCGGUGGACGUUGUGGUGAUGGGCAGUGGCGAGGCGGCGGCGACCGCGCGAGAGGCGCUGGCUGCGUGGUGUGAUGCGGGCGGGGCGCCUCUGCUCAAGUCUGUGUUUGUGGAGGGUAUGUCGGCGCUGCCUUGAGCAGCAGCAGCACGGGGAUGCUCGUAGUGUGCCCUGCCCUGGCCUCAAGGAGUCAGGAAUGCUCGUAGUGUGCCCUGCCCUGGCCUCAAGGAGUCAGGAAUGCUCGUAGUGUGCUUCUUGAGUGACAUAGCUUGAUUCAUUGUUCGGCGUGUGGGGACGCCGCGUUGGCGAGAGCCCUAUUACACCAUGGGGCAUGUGAACGCACCUCUGGAGGGCACUGUAUGUGUACCCGGUGACUCGUG